CUAAGGGAGCUGGUUUCCGAGUGUGGGGGAAGCUGAAAGCGGGCGGACCGCUGGAAGGGGAGGAGGGUGUGUGGGGGGAACCCGGCGGUGCGGACCGGAAGUUCCCUCAGGACCGCCCGGAAGUAGCCGCCGAGCGGUUUCUCCGCCAUGGAUGGGGACGGCGGCCCCGGCCCGGAGCCGGUAACGGCGGCGGGGCCCAGCCCUGCCCCGGAGCUGCCCCCGGAAGCAGAUCCGGACGUGGAGCCGCUGCCUCGGGGCGGCUUCCGCUGCCGCUUGUGCCAGGUGGCGGCGGCCAACCGGCCCAGCCUGGCCGAGCACCUCCGGGGGAAGAAGCACCAGCGGCUGCAGAGCCUCCGGGCCGAGCGGCGGGCGCAGGAGCAGCGGAGCCUCUUCGUCAGCGGCUUCGCCCGGGGCACGGCGGCCGAGGAGCUCGCAGCCUACUUCGGGGCCUUCGGGGAGGUGGUGGCGGUGGUGAUGGAUAAGGAGAAGGGUGCCUACGCCAUCGUGGAGCUGCGGGAGGCGGCGAGCCGCGAGCGGGCGUUGGCGCAGCCCCAGCACGCCUUGGCCGGGCGGAGCCUCCGCGUCCGGCCCCGGGAGCAAAAAGAUUUCGCCCGCCCUUCGCCGGGACGCGGCGCCCACCGGGAGCCCCUCGGCGCCGGGCAGCUGGAGCGGGCCUUGUGCCAGGCCAACGAUGUGGACGCGCAGAUGGAGCAGCUGGUGGGGCUGCUGGAGCUGAGCGAGGGCGAGCGGCGCCUGCGGCACCUCCUGGUCGCGCUCUUCCAGGAGGUUUUCUCCGAAUUCUUCCCCAGCUGCUCCGUGCUGCCUUUUGGCUCCUCCGUCAACGGCUUCGACGCCCACGGCUGCGACCUGGACCUGCUCCUCGACUUGGAGCCCACCAAAUCCCUGCAGAGCUCGGCGCGGGGAAGCCCCGGGGCAGAAGAAUCCAUCCUGAGCGACAUCGACUUGGCGUCGGCCUCGCCCCCGGAGCUGCUGGAGCUGGUGGCGGCCGUGCUGCGCCGCUGCGUGCCGGGCGUGCGCCGCGUCCACGCCGUGCCCACCGCCCGCCGCCCCGUCGUCAAGUUCAGCCACAAGCAGUCGGGUUUAGCGGGCGACAUCUCCGUCGAUAACAGGCUGGCGCUGCACAACACGCGGUUCCUGCGGCUCUGCGGCGAGGCGGACGAGCGCGUGCGGCCGCUGGGCUACGCCGUGAGGCUGUGGGCCAAGCAGCAAGGUUUGGCAGGAAACCCCGCCGGGGGCGGCCCCCUCCUCACCAACUACGCGCUGACGCUGCUGGUGCUGUUCUUCCUGCAGACGCGCAGCCCCCCGGUGCUGCCCGCGGUCGCCCAGCUGCGGGAGCUGGCAGGGGAUGAGGACCGCGUCGUGGUGGCUGGCUGGGACUGCAGCUUUCCCCGGGACGCGGCGUUGCUGGAGCCCAGUGCCAACAGCGAGAGCCCCAGCUCGCUGCUGGCCGAAUUCUUCCGCGUUUUCGGGGACUUCGACUUCUCGGGCCAAGUGCUGUCGCUGCGGGAGGGCCGGGCGCUGCCGCUGCCGGAGGCCGGCGAGCUUUUCAAGCAGGGAUCCCUCAACCUGCAGGACCCUUUCGAGCUGAGCCACAACGUGGCGGCAAACGUCACCGAGAAGACAGCGGCGCGCUUGGGGCACUGCUGCCGCGCCGCCGCCAAAUACUGCCGCAGCCUGCAGUACCGCUGCAAGUCCACCAAGGGCCGGGGCUGGGGCCUGGCGCGGCUUUUCCAGCCUGGCGCCGUGGAACCGGGGGCGGGUGCCGCUUCUUUCCUCAUCUCCAUCCCCGUGCCUGCCCCCUGGUGCCCCGAGGAGCCUGGAGGAGGCUUCAAGGAGAUCUGCGCCGGCAUCGCCUUCGUGCUGCGCGACGUCCUCCGCUGCAGCUGCACCCCAGGGAAGCCCCCCAAGCAGCUGGGAGCCCCAAGAGCAGGGCAAAGCCUUCCCCAGGACCCUGUAGGGGGUAAGGAGCCACCAGGUGACACCGCAGGAGUGGAGGAGGAACCUUUGCAGCCACCCACAGCCUCCAAGCGGCCCCAGCCUGAUGGGACGGACGGUGCUGCGCCGCCCCGUGCCAAGAGGCCGCGGGUGAAUGGCCCUGAGCAGGAGGAAGAGGAGGAUGAGGAGGAGGAGGAGGUGGUGGCGAGCUGGAGCUGUACCGUCUGGCACCAUGUGUGGACGGGCCGCCGCCGCCUGCGCCGGCAGCUCCUGCACGGGGCCAGCCCCGAGGAGCCCGAGGAAGGGGGGGACUCGCUGGAGCUGGAGCAGAAAGUGUCAGAGGCCAUCGUGCAGCACGAGGGAGCCGCCCGGCCGCCAGAGCCGCUGCUGCGCUUCGAGGCCAGCGCCCGGCUGGCGGGAGGGGGGCGGCGAGAGCCGCGGGUGCUGCUUCGCCUCACCCCCAGCCCGGCCCCGGGGCCGCUCUUCAGGGACUUCUUCCAUUUCCUGCAGGCUUUCCUGCCCCCUGCCCUGCGGCGCCGCCUGGGCUGGGGGCCGGGUGCAGCCCCCCAGAGCUGAGGGGGGCAGCGGGGAGUGGGGGGAGGGAAUUUAUGGAAUUGAUGACUUAUUUUCUUAUGCUUUUUACAAUAAAGGACCGCGUUGGAGCAGUG